AUGGCGUUCCUUCUUGGCACAGCCUGUCCUAGGGCCACCGCUCGCGAGCUCUCGGUCGUCUCGCGCAGCUUCUCGACAACCCACACUGCUCUCCGCCAUGUCCCCCCCGAAUCACCGUCCUAUAUCCGCCUCCCUACACCACCUCAAUCCGAAGAGAAGAAGCUCCCCCGCGUUCGAGGGCAUCUCCCCGUGCCUCGCGAGAUCUUCCCGCGUGAAGAGGGCAAGCGCAAGAUUCAGCGCUCCUAUGUUCAAGAAACAGCCCCAAAGCGAAAGCCCGAGAACUAUGGACCCACGAAGAGCCAGGCCGACAUAUGGAAGAGGAAGAUGGCUGCCAAUCGCCGUCAUAAUCUAGGCGUUGGUCUGAAGGUGCUUUGGAACCGCCGGAAGAACCUUGAUGCCGCUCGCGACGCUCGUGUGAGCAAGAAGUUCGAGGAACACAAUGCCGCGGCCUCUGCUCCGGAGAGGGAGGACGAUCGUCUCACUCGCAGCACCGUGCUGGAUUCAAUUAUGGACACCACCGUAUACCCAGACCCCAAGCGCUUCGCCAACAGCGACCGGAGCAAGAGCAAGGUUCUGGCUCUUGAGCAGUCCAAACGCGAGGCUCGUCGUGAUGCCCUCAUGGAACUCUACAUCAACGCCUCCAACUUUAUUGUCAGCGAAGCUGAGCUCAAGGCGGAGAUAGAUACACUUUUCUCUGAAGACUUCUUCAAGAAGCAAGGCCAGGCUGUGGGCCGUUACGGCAAUGCUGAGAACACCUGGGACAUCUGGGGCAAGCCGCCAACCAUUGCCAACAUGCUCGAGACGACAACAGGGACGUCCACCAAGAUCAUGGACUUUUACGAGUCAGAGUAUGACCGCUCCGUCAAGCGACAGAAGAGAAUCGCUGAGGAGUUUACGGGUGGAAAGAUGGAGUAA